AAAGGUACCAGCGGAUACCGACAAACCACUAUCACCACCCACCGUCAAUCUCUUACACUUGUCUAGAAAUCUCCUUCUCCCCUUCUCACUUUUUCGCCCUUUCUCUCUCUCUCUGUCUCUCAUACUCUACUUUCAUUCUUUUCAACUUCAACAUAUUUUCCCCCAUAAUCUUGCAUUAUUCAUGGCUGCUAUAAUGUAUUUAGUGCUUUUCUUGGCCAUGGCUGGCCAUUCAAGUGCCCUAUAUUGUUUAUGUAAAGAUGGGGUAGGUGAUUCAACUAUUCAGAAGGCAAUAGAUUAUGCUUGUGGAGCUGGAGCUGAUUGCAGUCCAAUCCUCCAAAAUGGUGCUUGUUACAAUCCCAACACUGUGAAAGACCACUGCAACUAUGCUGUUAACAGCUAUUUCCAGAAGAAGGGUCAAGCUUCUGGCAGCUGUGAUUUUGCAGGCGCUGCCACAACUAGUGCCAACCCUCCUUCCAAUGUUGCAGCCAACUGUGUUUUCCCUUCAACGGCCAGCACCACCACCGGCACCGGAAACGGAACAGGCACCACACCGACCACCACUACGACAACACCAACAACAUCAACCACACCUUCAACUACAACAGGCACUCCUAAUGUGUUUGGUGGCACCACAGGCACGCUUGGCCCGACAGGCAGCGGCACUGGCAGCAUCACCGACUCCAGUGGCGGGCUUCGCCUUUCAGUCACCACUUACUUAUUUUUCUCCUUGGCUGUGGCUUCAUCACUAGCAGGGCUGUGGGGCUUGAUGUGAGUACUAGAUUUUGCCACGAAUGAAUGGGUAGGCAUGUAAUUUCACUAGCUUUUUGUCGUUUCGUUUUUUCCUAUGUGAAAAAGUUGGGGAAUUUGAUUCCUUUUGGGUGAUAUGACUGCUAUUUGCGGUAGAACCUGAUCUCUUCUUUUCAAAAUUUUCCUUCUCUGUA